AUGUGGCCUAGAAGGCGCCUGCCGUGUGCUAGCAAAAUCUGUUAAAUGUGGGGCAGUUUACCGGCCGAAACACCUGAAUAGAUUCAUAUUCCGCUGCUAUUCUUGAGCCAACAUGCCGCCGAAGAAGCCUCCCCCUGCCACGGGAAAUAAAAAGACUCAAGAGAAAAAAAAGGAAAAGAUUAUUGAGGACAAGACUUUUGGUUUGAAGAACAAAAAAGGGGCCAAGCAGCAGAAGUACAUUAAGAAUGUUACUCAACAAGUCAAGUAUGGACAACAAAAUGCCCGGCAGAUCGCUCAGGCCGAGGCAGACAAGACCACUAAAAAGUCUGAUAAGAAGAAAGAGCUGGACGAGCUCAACGAGCUGUUUAAGCCUGUAGUGGCUGCUCAGAAAGUCAACAAAGGUGUUGAUCCAAAGUCGGUGCUGUGUGCGUUCUUCAAGCAGGGCCAGUGUACCAAAGGAGACAAGUGUAAGUUCAGCCACGACUUGUCCAUGGAGAGAAAGUGUGAGAAGAAGAGUGUGUACGUGGACGAGAGAGACGAAGAACUGGAGAAAGACACCAUGGAGAACUGGGAUGAGAAGAAACUGGAGGAAGUGGUCAACAAAAAACACGGAGAAGCAGAGAAGAAAAAAGCCAAAACUCAGAUCGUGUGUAAGUACUUCUUGGAAGCCAUAGAAAACAACAAAUACGGCUGGUUCUGGGUGUGUCCAGCAGGGGGCGACACCUGUAUGUACCGACACGCCCUGCCGCCGGGCUUCGUGCUGAAAAAGGACAAAAAGAAGGAAGAGAAAGAGGAGGAGAUCUCACUGGAGGAGCUGAUAGAGAACGAGCGGGCUGCUCUGGGUCCAAACGUCACUCGGAUCACUCUGGAGACCUUCCUGGCUUGGAAGAAGAGGAAAAGGCAGGAGAAGGUGGACAAAGCGAGGGAGGAGAUGGAGAAAAAGAAAGCAGACUUUAAAGCUGGGAAGUCUCUGGUGGUGAGCGGCCGUGAGGUGUUCGAGUUCCGCCCUGAGCUGGUUGAUGAUGACGACGACGAAGCUGACGAUACUCGUUACGCUGAUGAAGACAUGGAAGACGAUGAAGAAGAGGAUGAAGUCUCAGAUGUUCAGGACAUAGACUUGUCCCGUUUUGUUCCUCAAGAGGUGGACCAUUCAGGCAUCACUGUGGCGUCUACAGACCGCUUCAGCUCCAGAGGUCAGCCUGCCUCUGAAGCAAAGAACGAACAACUGAACGGCGCUUGUGGCGGCGCUGAGGCCAACGGCCUUCCAGGAGCAGAGGGAGGAGGCGGGGGAGGGGAGGAGGAGGAGGAUGAGGAGGAGGACGUACCAGUGGAUGAAAACUUGUUUACGGGAGAAGAUCUGGACGAGCUGGACGAGGAGCUGAACACGCUGGGCCUGGAGGACUGAGGCUGGACGCACUCAGAGACAGACAGAUGGAUGCAUGGAGCUGAAUGUGGAGGAAUGAUUUUAACUUUCAGAGACUGAUGAUGUCAUGACAUCACUGCCUGUCUCUGCCCCCCGUGUCACAGCCACGUCAUUGUGACAUCACCUUCUCUGGCCUGACCUCAUGUUGUCAUUGAAACAACAGCAGGUGCACUUUUCUGGGUGGCUUCCAUUGAAACUUAAGUGUUCAUCUUCCAGAUAGUUUCUCAUCAGUUCAACAUCACAUGAGCUCAGUCCGACACACCUUUACAAACAGGAAACACAGAUCCUCUAAUGCCAAAAUAAAAGAUGCACUUUGAUCUUUCUAGUUUUUCCAACAGAUCCAAUAAUCAGAUUCUACCUUCUUACAAAGUUUCUUUUAGAUUUGAAGGGAAAAUCCAGACUUUCUUCUUGAACGUGGCCGCCUGAAUGAGACCAGAUCUGUGCUGAUUUCCAGCCUUGUGUUGUAAAUAAUGCUCUCAUGGGUUUCCUCCUUAAUAAAAUAAAUGUUCAUUUAGUG